GUUUGACGCGUCGUACGGGCGCGUUUGACGCGGCGGUUGGCGUCAACACCGGUCGCGACCAGUGCAUCGCGUCAACCGCCAGCGUCAAGAUGUCAAAAAAGUUUAUAUUUUCCUCUGAGGAGGACGAAAUUUUGAUAAAUUUUGUUCAAAAAAACAAAGUUUUAUACGAUUGUUCUCAUCCCAAAAAUAAGGAUAUAUUUUUCAAAGAUACACUCUGGAAAAGUCUAUCAGAAGAGCUCAAUAGAACUGUUGAAGAUAUAAAGAAGAGAUGGAAAAACAUCCGUGACACUUUCAUUAAAUUAAGAAAAAAAUUGCCAACGGGAUCUGCCAAUUUAGAAAGAAAUAAAUGGCCCUUAAUGCCCUACUUGUCAUUUUUAAACACGGUUGAAUAUGAGAGAAAUUCUAUUACAAAUAUUGCACCACCUGCAGAAGUUGAACAACAGAAUACAUCAAAUGCCCUAGAAAAUAUUAAUGAUUCGUUUAAUGAUCAAAAUGAGAAAACAUCUGAGAUCACAAACAGGGAACAGGAAGAUCAUAUUUUAUCUGAGUCAUCAUCACCACUACCUGAAGGUAAAAAACGAUCUAGAAAUGAUAAGAUGUCGAUGAUAAUAGCUAAAAGAUCGAAAGAGAGAAAUGAACUUUUGUCAAAAAUUGAAGCGCAAAAUAACUUAUUAGCAUCACAGAUAAGCCAAGAAGAGGAUGAUGUUGAUAUAUUUUUUAAAAGCAUUGCCAUGAACAUUAAAAAAUUAUCAAGACAAGCUAUAAACGAAGCAAAAAUCAAAACACUGACAUUGGUAAAUCAGUUGGAAAACAAUUACUCGGUUAUACCUAAUAAUGCACAGCCGCAAAAUGCUUCGUUUUAUAGAGCAACUGCAGAUUAUAUUAAUUCUUCGCCUAUAGAUACGUAUACAUCACAGUCUUCAUCAUUGUCUGGAUCCUAUGAAGUCCCUAGUAAUUCUCGCAGAUUAAUGCCGCUUAACUAUGAUAGCGAUGAAUAUUAACUUCUGUUGUUUUUAUAAUGUAUUUUAUGAAUAAUU